CCUCCGCCUUCCGGAGAUCCUCGCGGCGCCCUUCCAAGCCAGUGCGGGGCUGGUCGGCAGCUGCCAGGCGGCGAUCCAGGGCGGCACGGGCCUGGGCGGGAGCCCGAGGGCGCGGCCGGCAUGGAGGCGCUGCUGCUGGGCGCGGGAUUGCUGCUGGGCGCCUACGUGCUUGUCUACUACAACCUGGUGAAGGCCCCGCCCUGCGGCGGCGGCGUGAGCCUGCGGGGCCGCACCGCAGUGGUAACGGGCGCCAACAGCGGCAUCGGGAAGAUGACGGCCCUGGAGCUGGCGCGCCGAGGAGCUCGUGUGGUGCUGGCCUGCCGGAGCCGGGAGCGCGGAGAGGCGGCGGCCUUUGACCUUCGCCAGGAGAGUGGGAACAAUGAAGUCAUCUUCAUGGCCUUGGACUUGGCCAGUCUGGCCUCAGUGCGGGCCUUUGCUACUGCCUUCCUGAGGUCUGAGCCACGGCUGGACAUCCUCAUCCACAAUGCUGGGAUCAGUUCCUGCGGACAGACCCGUGAGCCCUUUAACCUGCUUCUGCGAGUAAACCACAUCGGCCCCUUCCUGCUGACACACCUGCUGCUGCCCCGGCUGAAGACAUGCACCCCUAGCCGCGUGGUGGUGGUAGCCUCAGCUGCCCACCGGCGAGGGCGCCUUGACUUCACACGCCUGGACCGCCCGGUGGUGGGCUGGCAGCAGGAGCUGCGAGCAUAUGCCGACAGUAAGCUGGCCAAUGUAUUGUUUGCCAGGGAGCUCGCCACGCAGCUUGAGGGCACUGGCGUCACCUGCUAUGCAGCUCACCCAGGGCCUGUGAACUCAGAUCUGUUCCUGCGUCAUGUUCCUGGAUGGCUGCGCCCACUUUUGCACCCACUGGCCUGGCUGGUGCUCCGGACACCAGGAGGGGGUGCCCAGACGCCCCUGUACUGCGCUCUACAGGAGGGCAUUGAGCCCCUCAGUGGAAGAUACUUUGCCAACUGCCAUGUGGAGGAGGUGCCUCCAGCUGCCAGAGACGACCGGGCAGCUCACCGGCUGUGGGAGGCCAGCAAAAGGCUGGCAGGGCUUGGACGGGGAGAGGAUGCCGAAUCUGAUGAAGACCCCCACCCUCAGGACUCAGGGACCCCAUCUUCUCUGAGCAGCCCCCACCCUGAGGAGCCCCCAGUUUCUGAACCCUAUCCCAGCCCUCAGAGCUCACCAGACUUGUCUGAGGUCACACACCGAAUUUGGGUUAAAGCUGAACCUGAGCCCCAAGCCUCUUAAUCCCCCAGCUGGGAUGCUUGCUAUGGCACUUGGUGGCCCUGAAACACCUUAGCUGUGUGCCGGUCCACGGCCUGGCCAUGGAGGAGUUUGCAGUUUUUACCUCCAUGGUUACUUUCUGGGGCGUCAAGGUAUGAUCUGGACAGCUCUUUUCCUAGUGGAAGGAAAUAUAGGUGAUUCUUUCUUCCUGAGAAUGACAGUUAGCCAAGUUUGAGAAGCUGUGUGUGUGUGUGUGUGUGUGUGUGUGUGUGUGUGUGUGUGUGUGUAGUGUGCCAGACACUGCUUCUCAGGAAUUUGAAUGUCUUAUUUGUAAGGUCCACCCUCAGUGACGCUGAGCAGCUCUGGGUGAAGGCCAGGGAAUUUGUCACUUGAUGUUCUGCCAAUAUUGGGAAUUACUGAACUGGUGGCCACCACGUAGCUAGAUGGUCGAAUUAUCCCCGUUUUACAGAAACAAGGUUAGGCAGCAGGGGUAAGGGACUCGCCCAAGGUCUCACAGCUGGGAAGAGUAGGGACUAAGACUUGAACCCAGGCCUGGCUCCAGGGCCAGCUGCUGUGAGGUGGAUGCUGGAGCGGUGAGGCAGGGCAGGGCAGGGCGGUUGUUAUCUGGGCGCCUCGUGGGAGCAGAGGGACGCUUUCCGGGUGCGUUAGGGCUGGGCCCCGCCACCCCGACCCGCGUGCAAUAAAGCGCGUUGCCUACCCAGGCUGAGCGCCUCGCCGCCGCUCCCCGAGCCGGCCCCGCCCUCCGCCGCCCCACUUCCGGCGGGGCCGCGGCCGCGGAG